AUAGACUUAGUGGUACGCAGCUGAUCUAAAAAGUCUCCUGGCUGAUAUUGUGCUGAAGAAAUUUUGCGGUUGUUUUCGAACCGAAACCGGUACAUUGUGCAACGUUGUAAUGAAUUGCGAUACGACAGAGGUAAAUGGAUUCCACCAGCGCAGCGAUGCUGCGAUUAUGGAGAGUAUGCUGCUAGUGCGGUUCGAUCAUGCCAAACAACAAGACAAGGAUUAUUCGCAUCUGUUCAGGAAAAAAACCCGUUUGGAAUUGCUACGGCUGUCCGUCUAUCAGCUGGGCGUUGAGUUUUGCUAUGCGGCGGAAACGGCCUUCGUAACGCCACUGCUGCUGAGCAACGGUCUCAGCUAUACCGUGAUGACAAUGGCGUGGGCCUUCGCGCCGGUGAUGGGAUUCUUUUUCGCCCCGAUGAUAGCCUCCUUCAGCGAUCGGGUACGGUGUUCCUGGGGCCGCCGUAGACCCGUACUGCUUGCCCUGGGUACGGCGUGCAUUACUGGGCUUCUGAUUCUUCCGCACGGUAAGGCAAUCGGGCUGCUGAUGGGUGAUGAAGACGUUCCGGUUGAGCUGAUGACCGGCUUUCGGUGGGGUGUGCUGGUCACGGUUAUCGGUUUAAUGCUGACGGAUUUCGACAUUGAAACGAGCAGUGGAGUAGGGAGGACCUAUUUCAUGGAUGUUUGCAUCUUGGAUGAUCACGCUCGGGUUCUCACCACAGCAAUGGUGAUAGGUGGCAUCGGUGGCACCGGAGGUUACAUGCUGGGGGCAAUCGACUGGCUUCAAACGAAUUUUGGUUCCCUGAUGGGAAGCAAUGAAGCGACUGUGUUUGCUAUCGUCGUUUUGGUAGUGGCAGCUGGUCUUAUUACAACACUGACCAGUUUUCGAGAAGUCUCGUUACCACAGCUGGAAAAGGAUGAAUUGCUGCGGCCAAUUACCAAAACUAGUUUUGAGGCAGAGAAACGUAAGCAGCUGACCAGGGUUUACAAUAUUUCUGACCGGGUAGCGGAUCCAGUAAAGCCGCAUAUCUCUGAAAUCAUUCCGGUUGAAGAGGACGAACCGCCACUGACAUUUGCCAACUUCAUCAAAGGUCUAUGGCAUAUGCCUCGGUCGUUAAUGAUUCUCUAUCUGACGCAAUUGCUCUCUCAGCUCGGAUAUCUUAGUUACUGUCUAUACUUUACGGAUUUUGUCGCAAGUGCCGUUUUCCAUGGUGAUGUUGCUGCUCCCGUAGGAUCUCCUGAACUUGCACUGUAUGAAGAAGGGGUCCGGUUUGGUUGCUGGGGAAUGGCUCUGUUCACGUUUUCUGCUGCUCUCUACUCGCUUGUUAUCGAAAAAAUAAUCAAGUAUUUCAGUGCUCGUCCAGUUUACAUCGGUGGUUUACUGGUUUACAGCAUCGGAAUGCUGCUUAUGGCCUUGUUCAACGAGCGAUGGAUGGUAUUCGUAAGCUGUCCUACGGUGGGCAUCAUGUACGCCACCAUCUACUCAAUUCCGUUCCUGGCUAUCUCCCAGUAUCAUGCUAACAAUUCGUUUGCCAUGAAGGAUGGAAAACUGGUCGAAUCUAGUCAACGACGAGGCUUCGGAGCUGACAUUUCUGUGAUGAGCAGUAUGCUGUUUCUGGCUCAGCUAAUCAUAGCCCUUGCCAUCGGCAGCGUGAUAGACGCGCUCGGCACAACGACGGUGGUAAUCUAUUCGGCAAGCUUAUUCUCAUUUCUCGCCGCGAUAGCCGCAAGCCAGGUGCUGUACAUGGACCUUUAGGCGCUAGUCCGUAUCCAGUAGCACACUUUAGGAGCAGUAACGCUGUAACACCAUCCAUCGCCCGUAACGGCAAAACCGGUGCAAUCGAUCUUAGGACGUUCUACUUUUCCUCUUCCACCACAUCUCUCCUAUAAUCCGUCCGGCACGACAAUCCAAUAUUGUUAAUUUGUAAUUUAAAUACCGUCUUACAUCAAACGAACAUAGCAAAGCAGGGAUAGCAGAGAAAGUCGUGAACGUGAAAAGCUGUUAACUUUUCCACGGGAAUGGUAGACAAUUGUUGAAAUGUGAUAUUUUCUGGUGCUUCCGCUAGCACCUGAAUUAUUUAUUUUAUUUCAAAUUAAAACACUAUAGUUACUUACCUUACUUGUCCUUAUUUAUCGAGGCUUUAUACAAUGUAAAAAAUAAAUUAUAUGCAUAAGGAAAGAAGCAGUUCAUUUACUCGAUUGGUGAAUAAACUGUUUUCCGUUUCGUCGAAUCAUUUAAUGCUGUAAUGUUUGAAGCAACACUGUCAAUAAUAGUUUUAUUUUCUAGUUAAUAUUCUCCACGCCUAAACUGACAGGGCAUAAGUUAUGGAAAAUGUUUAUUUUAUUCACAAUGGUAUUCGAAUUAGGUGGACAAACUAUUAUUUUCAAUUCUAAAAAUAACUUGAAAAGGUACAGCAUACGGACUCUUAAUCAAUAUUGUUGGCUAUUAGCUUGUUUUCAUGGUUUAAAAUUUAUUGCAACAAAAAACUACCAAUCAUAUCUAAAAACAUUGUAUUUGAGGUCGUCAAUCAAAACAAUCAAUGACCUGCUUAAGUUGAGACGUUGGAAUAACGGUUCCACCGACUAUUUUAUGGUGAAUGAUUUAGUAUACUAUAAGCGAGU